AAAGGCCCCGGUGUGCAACAGACAGAACCCGUCAACCAAAAAUCGGGAAUGAGCCGGCCGGAGUUUUUCGCAGCUGAUUCAUUCAUGGGUACUUUUUUGUGUGUAUUUUUACAUUGUUCCUUCUUCUGAAGAAGUUCUUCAGCGUCAGCCGGGGUUGCCAUAAAUUUUGAUAGUGGAAUUUUAAGAUGGUGCAUAAUAAUCGCCGGAGCGUUUUCAUGUCGUCUUCUUCCUCUUCGUCAUCAUCCGAAAUGGACCAGCCACCUUCCAAAAUUCUAAAAUUGGAGUUGGACGACCCAAUUAAAGUAAAAUUAUCGCAGUAUCUCGACCAAUUCACGACUUCCGUGAGAUCUGGUGAAUUUGUGGUGCAAACUAAACUACGUGAUGUUCCGCCGAUUGGACUAAGAGUUAUCGAGACUGGGAAACUGAUUAAGUUUCCGCUACAAGAGGAUGAAGUAAUGAUGGAGGAAUUAGCAGCUUCACAGUUUGAGAUAAUGAAUAACGAGGACUGGUCUACAUUCGAGGAAAAUCUGUUAGACGAUAUUCAAACCGAAUUUGGUUUCGUUGACACGGACAACAUUUCCGUUUCUUUACAAAAAGUCUUUUUCCAGAAACCCGGAAGCAAAUUUCCCAUCAAUUUGGACCACUUGUUUACCACCACCGGAUCAGACAAAGUUGAUAAUAAUAACGGUGAAGAAUCUUUGAAAAGGUCGGCACCUUUCGGCCAUCUUGUCAUCCAACUGCCCUCUCACUACACCGGCGGCAACUUCCACUUCCGGCAUGACGGAAAGGAGAAAGAAUUCGACAUGUCGGCCAGCAUGACGAAAAGAGAGGGAUGGUCUGCUCAAUAUUCUCUCGCCUACUAUGCGCACCUUGACCAGAAUCAUGUCAGCAUCUUGUCCGGGGUCAGAUCCUGCUUAAUCUACAACUUGGAAAUAGAACUGGAUCACUCCAAGUCUGCUUUGCUUCCGAGGGCCCCCACGCUCAAAAACAUUGUUCCCAGUUUUUUCCAAAUAAUCCAAGAAUGGAAAGGCAGCGACAAAAUGGGCAAGGUGUUACCUCUGCCGUGCACUAAUGAGGAGAUCAACCCUUCCGUCAUAUCCACAAUUCUCGGCCCCACUCUGCGGGACAAUGGGGUCACCUUGUUUCACGGGAGAAAGGAGUCAUCACCCGGAAAUUCAGCCACCGAUGAUUCGAUCGAGUUCAUCAGCAGCUUGAGAAUAUUGGCAAGUGUAGACGUACAAGUGGAGGAAGCGUUUGCCAAUUUUUUGCAAAAUGAAUCCAACGAUAACGGGAACGACGAUGGAGACGAUGUCGGGUUGGAAUUCGACCUGAAACAAGACAAAAUUUCCAAAUGUGUCAGUCCUCGUGGUGUAAGCAUGUUUCUCUUCUUCUUGUCUGGCGAUUCUGAUGGUGACAAUGACAUUUUCGAGCAUGAAGACUGGUUCAAGUCUCGAGAAUUUUGGCGAUUUCGGAGCCACUUGUUUCUCACCAAGUCCAAAAAUGUGGGAAAAAAUGACCCACAACUUUCCCACGCGGCGAACGCUCUCGUAUCCCUGGAAACCGUGGUGGAGGAAUACGAAGAAGAUUUAUUUCCUAAGACUGACCACUUUGAAAACCUCCUCGAAAAAUUUCUCCUCCUCGAAGACGACACUCAACCUUUGGAACAACUGCUGAAAAUUUGUCAAAAUAAGUCCAACUUCUUGAAACUGUUUCCCGCCCUUGCGAAAUCUGGGAUGGACUGGACCAUUUUGAAGUUUGCGUGGCAAGACUUCUUCUGCAUGACGGAAAUUGAGAAUGGGUCACAAUUUAUGGAGAAAGUUAACAAUUUCAGCAUUCACAUUUCAAAUUGCAGCUUUUUGGGAGACAAGAAUCGGCAGGAAUUAUACGUCGACACGUUUAUAGAAAUCCUAGAAAAGUUCAAAGUGUUACAAACGGAGGAAAAGUUUGACAGCAUCUAUGAGGAAACGCAAGCUGUGAGCGAGUUCUUUGGAAUUGCGGAGGUUCUGCGGUACAAUUUGUUUGCAUUUAUGAAAUCGAUGUCGGCCACUUUCGUCAAGCAAGUUUUUUGCUUGAGUAACGUGGAUUCAGAUGAGUUGGGCGUGGUGUGGGUCCGACUCGUCACGGAUCUCUAUUCCUGCACAAAUUUGCUGAAAUAUUGGCCCGAGGAAGACGACGAUCUUGACGAGUACACCCUUUUGCUCUCCUACUUCGAAGUCGUGGAGCGAGUGGGGGCAGACAUCAAAGGGAUUUUGGGAGAUGCCAAGAAAUACGGCGUCCUGGUGAAGGCCUUAUCGCGCCAUUCAAAUAUAAAUGAUGAAGACGACUGGGACUCUGAUAACGAUGAAGAUGUCCAGCAACUUUCUAAAUUUUGGGUUCCCUUUGCGACCAGGUUGGAGGCAAGAAUCGAAGCUCUUCUCCCUUCCGAGGUGGACAAACGUCCCCAAAAUGGAACUGAUAAUAAUUGUGAUCCUCCAGAUCCCUCCGAGGAAAUGGAAAUGCUGAAGGAAAUUCGAAAAUUGCUAGCGAAUGUUAAAACCGAAAAUGAUAAAUGAUCGAAAAAUUAAGGACAUUUAUUUAUUCCUAAUUUUCCAUAUAAUAGAUGAAAAAAUAUAAUAUAUAUUUAUAUCUAAUAUAUUUAUAAUAUAUUUAUAAUAUAUUACUUAUACAGCAUUCAAAUUAUUAUUUUGAAUGUUCUCUUGUUUUUUACUGGAUAUAAAAUUCGGAAAUUUAUGUUCGUUUUGAUUGAAAAUUGCGAAGUCAUGUGUAUCUAGUUAUGUAUUUUACCUACGAACUGUGGGGAAGACCGGUGGGGGAUGAAAUGUUAUUGAAUCACAUUUUAAUGGCACUCAUUAUUCCAAAUUUUUACAACAAAAUCUAUUUGUUUGUUAUUCAUGGGUAUGUACCAGUUGGUUAUAUGUAUUUUAUUUACUGUAAAUACGUACAUGUAUCAUGUAAUAUAAACGUUUUUAUUCAACAAGUUUAGUUACGACUAUUUUGAAAUACAUAGAAUAAUAAUUCGUCUUAUAAUCAAAUUUGUACUAUUGGAUUUGUACAUCCAUUUAUUUAUAAACGCAAAUUAAAUCCAACUCAAUGAA